GCUGCCACACGUAAGCAACGUUUCUCUAACACCAGCAGGAGAGACCAUGAAGAUUGUUUUCGCGAUCUUGGUAGCCGCCACAACCUGCGUGCUUUCCACAGACGGUUUAGACAUAAAAAGCAUCGUUACCAAGGCAAAGGCAUGCCUUGAAAUGAAGGACGACGGUCAAAAUACCAACACGGGAAACCUUAUGGCAUCGAUUUUAAGUAACGCUGAUAAGCUCGCAAAGUGCUUGAAGCUUGGCGAUGCUCAAGAAAUGGUUAAUUGCUUUAUUAAUGCAAUGGGGUUCUCGGGUGCCAAAGCCCAAUGUCUCAGGGAGAACGCAGCCAAGAUCCUCUCCAGUUCGAGUACUUGAGAAGACGUGUUCUGCACAACACGUCUCCGAUCCUUGGUGCAAUAUUUCCCUUCAGAUGGUGCGGCACGAAUAAAGCUGCGUUUAAGUUCA